AUGGUCGACGUUGCGCUGUACUUCUCGAUCCAGAUUUUCUUCAUCAUUCUUAGAGAAACUCUCGAGACUGCCAUCAUCAUCUCGGUGCUUCUUUCCUUCAUCAACAAGCGUGAGCCUACCACGGAAACACCAGAGAAUGCUCAUGUUCGACAAAUCAACAAGGGCCUCCGUCUCCAGGUGUGGUUGGGUGCCAUUGGAGGCCUUGCCAUUUGUCUAGUAAUUGGACUUAUUUUCAUUUUCUGCUUCUACUUUGUCGAGAAAGAUCUCUGGUCCUACACCGAGAGAUUAUGGGAAGGCAUCUUUUCGCUUUUGCUGAGUGUCAUUAUCACCUUCAUGGGUGUCGGACUUCUUAGAAUAAACAAGGUCAUGAAGAUUAAGUGGUGGAUUAAGUUGGGUGAUGCAUACACAGAUAGCUCCAAGCUUGAUACCAUUGGAGCUGAAGAAGCAUCCAGUGGAGCUGAAGACCAACAAACUCCACAGACGUCACUCUUGCCUAGCAAGAAUAAACCACAUAAGGAGAAGUGGUCCCAGAGGUACUUUUUGGCCAUUUUGCCCUUCAUCACCACGUUGCGUGAAGGUCUUGAGGCCGUGGUUUUCGUAGGAGGAAUUGGAAUGUCUCAACCACUCACAUCGCUCCCGCUUGCGGUACUUUCGGGUCUCUUGCUUGGUUCUGCCAUCGGAAUUUCGCUCUACAAAGGUGGAAACAAGAUGUCCUUACAAUACUUUUUGAUCUGCUCCACGUGCUUUUUGUAUGUAGUGAGUGCUGGGCUCAUGAGUCGUGGUGUGUGGUUCUUGGAACUCGAAAGAUACGUUCGUCUCUGUGGUGGUCUUGAUGUCAGUGAAACAGGAAGUGGCCCGGGCUCUUACGACAUCAGCACUGCAGUGUGGCAUGUCAACUGCUGUAAUGGAUUAAGAGACGGAUGGUGGAUGGUGGCUAAUGCUAUAGUCGGAUGGACGAACACUGCAACAUACGGAAGUGUCGGCUCAUACUUGGCAUACUGGCUUCUAGUUUCUUUGUGGCUUCGUUUACGUUUGUAUGAGGAGAGAAACGGCUACUUCCCAUUGAUUCCCAUUAAGUGGCAGCUCAAGAGAAUCAGGAAAAAAGUCAGACUUUACGAGGCCCGCCAUCAGCAGGAGUUGCUGGCCGAGCAGGAGAGAAGAGCCGAGGCCGAGUUGAUGGAGUAA